GCGUUCAGAAAAUGCGCACCGAACCACCGGGAAACAUCUGCUCAGAAAGCCAACAGGGGAACAGGUGCAUCGUCGCGCAUGAAUCUGUAACAUCUAGUGACUUCUAGGAGCCUCCAGCAUCCCUCCUCCAUCACUUACUGGAGAUACAUACACCUGUUUGGUUAUUCUCACCUGCAAUAUGGAGAGCUGGAGCUGCUCGGAAUAACCAAAGCCUUAGGAAUGAUCACUGCUUACUGAUUGACCGCUUUAGUUUCCAGCUUUAGAGAUGAUGCCCGAGCACCAGAACCAUGUUGUCACCACUAUUGAGACCAUGCCAUCAGAGACGGUCACCGCAUCACCAUCGCUGUUUCAGAGGAUGAAGAAAGUGUUUAACAGGGAACUUCUUCUCACACUGGCCCUUGGCCAGGUCUUAUCACUGCUCAUCUGUGGGAUUGGCCUGACCAGCAAAUACCUGGCGGAUGAUUACCACGCCAACACCCCGGUGUUUCAGAGCUUUCUCAACUACAUCCUGCUGUUCCUGGUCUACACCACCACACUCGCAGUCAGGCAAGGAGAAGAGAAUCUGCUGGCCAUACUGAAAAGAAGAUGGUGGAAGUACAUGAUUCUGGGAUUGAUUGAUAUAGAGGCCAAUUACCUGGUCAUCAAAGCCUACCAGUACACCACACUGACCAGCGUUCAGCUGCUGGACUGCUUCGUGAUCCCUGUGGUGUUGCUGCUGUCGUGGUUCUUCCUGUUAGUCAGGUAUAAAGUGCUGCACUUUGUGGGUGUGGGCGUGUGUCUCCUGGGCAUGGGCUGCAUGGUGGGCGCCGACGUCCUGGUGGGCCGACAGCAAGGCCUCGGGGACCAUAAGCUCUUAGGGGAUUUAUUGGUACUUGCGGGGGCGACGCUCUACGGCAUCUCCAACGUUUGUGAGGAGUUCAUCGUAAAAAACCUGAGCCGGGUCGAAUUCCUGGGAAUGAUGGGUCUCUUUGGCUCCUUCUUCAGUGGUAUCCAACUGGCUAUUAUGGAGCACAAGGAACUUCUGAAGGUGCAGUGGGACUGGCAGAUCGGUAAGCUGGUGAUUUUGAAGGUUUUCACACUUGGUCUCUUUUCACAAUGCACCACUGACACUGAAAGCGGUUUUAUUGCAAAUAGUCCUAUUCUUAGCAAAUUGAUGCUCCUGGUGCGGCUUGAUGAAGUGUUGAGAGGUCGUGCCAAAGGCAGCAUUUGGGUUGGAUCCCAGGAGGAUGCUGGCUUGUCACAGGGACAUUAG